AUGCCACAAAUCCCGUGUGCCGUUAGUUGCACAGUCAAUGCCCUUUUUGAUAACAGGCACAAGGAGUUCUUUUCUCCCCGUGUGACGUCGCUGAGAGUAGAUAAGAACGCACCACAAUCUCCUGCUUAACUGGACCAAAGGUCUCUCUAGGUCUCUCUACCGUCUGUUUGAAAUGGCAGCCAGCGAGGUCCUUGUUCACAUUGUUGCAGGAAUUUAUGUAUAGAUAUCAUGCACAUACAGCCCACUACCAAAAUCAGCACAAUCACUUUUGUGACUUUGGUGAUUUGUCCCCACAAAACAUUUCAUCACAGUUUCUUCCUAUCUAUUCAAAGGGCCUCUGCUGCACAAUACCAAAUGUAAGAAUUCACCGAUAAAUGUAUCUAUGUACUGGCUCACUGGGGAAACUUCAGAAAUUCAUAUAGACAUGUGAGCUCAGCUACUCAGCAGCCCCUCUGCCUGAGUGAUAAUUCCUGGCAUCCUGACACCUGAGUGCCAGACAGGUAGCCAUUCCAGAAAUAACAAACCCAGAUGAAGACAAAAGGGUGUGAUUAACUUGGCUGGGAAACAGGGAAAUGUAAAUAUCUCUUUUGUUACACUUGAUGGGUGUUUGGUGGAGGGCAAGGGGAACCAUGGGGCAGGGUCCAGGAUGCUCAGAUUACUGCCACCAGACCUCCCCUUUCAUGAUGUAACCAUGAUGUAUUAGUGAUGUAGUUGGGGGGGUGUAACAUGGGGAUUAGCAGCUAAUAAAAGUUUGGGUUCUCUUUUGUUCGGGGCUUCCAUCUUGUUCCACCUGGUGGCAGGUGGGAGUCCUGUCGCGACAGUCCUCAAUAAAGACCAAGCCUACGGGCUGCUGUUUUACUCUGGUAUUCCUGGCUGGUGUCCUUGUUUUUUGUCCAAGGGAGCCCUCAGAUUUCUCCAUUAACAACAUCAUACAUUUAUAGCUCUACUGUGGAAGGAUGUGUGGAUCCAGAAUUGGCCUCCACAGUCACUUAGGAACCCACUGUUAAACCAUGUUUAUGGAAGACAAUCUUACUCGGCUAUGAGUGAUCUCCAAAGAAGAAGACCACUUUAAAAAUGGCUCUCCCCCCAAGAAUCCUGGGAGAUGUAAUUUGUGAAGGGUGCCGAGUUCUUAGGAGACCCCCCUGGUUGCCUCCCCAGAACUCCAGUUCCCAGAGUUCCCUGGGUAAAGUUCCCUGCGUUGUUAAAUCAACCUGGGAAUUGUAGUACUGGGAGGGGAAUCAUGGGAUCUCAUAAGAACAAAAUUAGUCAUACAUAUGACUAAGUAUCGAAAAGCUGAAUGUUUUUGUAAUGUUUUUUUUUGGGGGUGGGCAGACCCUUCUAAGUUUCUGGGUCCACAAAUAAGCAAUGGCCCACACUGGAAUUUCCCACACCCCACAUGGAAAUCCCCCCUGUUGUAAUCAAAAUCUGCCCUUUUUCCCUUGUGGGGUAUCCAAGAGCCCGUAUAGAGUCCUUACGUAUGUUCCCUAUUGGUAGGAGAAAAUAACAGAGGCCAAGCAGAGAAUAUUGAGAAGCAAAGCAGCUAGUAAGCCUGAUCUUUAUUGAUCUGUUGCAACAGGGUCCUCACUCACCACACGCAGGAGGGAGGAGGAACCCAGAACCAUGGUUUGCCUGCACUAGAUAGACAUUUUAAAUUGCCUUCCCUGGAGCUCAAGUCAUACAUCAUACAUACAUCACAGAAGGGGUGUAACCCAAGACCACACCCCACAAACAUCAUACCUACAUCACAGAAAAGGUGGUCUACAACAGAAAUUUGAAUGUUGUUGUUUUUCCUGUCUGCCAGGUUAUCUGAUUAUAUGCCUUAUCUGAUUGCCUUUCCUGGUAGUCUGCCCAUUCCUUUGAGAUGGUAAUUACCCAAUUCCUGUAACAAGGAUGGUUUUUUUCCACCUCCUCCCUCCUUGCAGAGAAACAUUUGGUCAGCUUGGGAGUCAAAAUGGUUCCAGGACUGUCCUCCUGUGCUGCUUCAGACAUGUGGUUUAUAUAUUUAUGUACGUGUUUGCUUGGUACGUUUAUGAACAUUUAUUAUAUAUCUAAGACCUUAAAAUUCUUAUCUCCCCCCCCCCAUGAAAAAGCAUCUCAGUUCAGCUUGCUCCGUGGAGAAACUUGGCUCCCUUGACCUCCCUAUUAUGACCUAAUAGAACUCAUCAUUGCUGAGAAGCAGCCGGCCACCCAGGAAGGAGCCUUGAAAACUUUCCUACAGGCAAGGAGUUGCUUCUCUUCUUCACGCUGCCCCCCGCCCAGUACAAAUACCCUUUCUCUCUGCCCCUUCUCCCUUCCUGCCCCUUAGGCCCAGGCUUCCUGCCCCAAAAACACCUUUGCGAUGUCCCCUCUUUCUCUACUCAGCCCACUUCCUUCAAACUCCUCCUCGAAACCAUUGUGUCUGAGAAUAUUUCAGCCUAGGGAGCCAAAAUGGAGUCCUCUAUAUGUUCUUGGGCUCCAGAUACCUUUACUCCAGUGGCCAAACAGCGAUGGAGUACACUACCUGGGCUGCCCCUGUUUAGACCUUGCUCCUGGCAGAAAUAAGGUUUGAGCUCAAGUAUCGCAGCUUGGUCCAGCCCAUCCAUCGCUACUUUUCCUCACUUCUCUCUUUUCUUCCAUACCUCAGCUGCUGCUGUUGUUGAUUUAUUGCCCGCCCUCUCUUGAAAUACCAACAUUAGCGGAGUGGCAGACAAAAAUGGUUGAAUAUGUGGAAUUAGCAAAACCGACCCACAGAAUCCGUAACCAAGAAGAAGCAAAGUUCAGACAUGAGUGGAGUAAAUUUGUGGAGUAUAUACGUCAUAAUUGCAGAAGUUUAAAGACUGUAGUAGGAUUAAAAUAAAUCUUAUGAUGUGAAUAGGAUGUAAUUAAGAAUCUGUGAUAAAUGAAAGGUAAAUAUGAAAACCUGUUGAAGGGAGGGAAGUCCGUGCUCAAUAGAGCCUUGAGAAAAUACAUUAGUGUAUUUAUUUUGUUUAUUUUGUUUUGUUUGCGUUAAAGAAAAUUCAGUAAAAAGCCUUUUAAAAAAAAGAUUUAUUGCCUGCCCUCGACCCCUAAGAUCAGGGUGGAUCACAGCAAUUUGAAAUGCAACAUUUAAAAAUAUUAGUAUUACUAAUUCUAAUUCUAAUUCUUUUAUUAUUUUUAUGCCACUCAUCUGACUGGGUUCCUCCAGCCACUCUGGGAGGCUUCCAACAUAUAUAAAAGUGUAACGAAACAUUGAACAUUAAAAAAACUUUCCCAUAUGGUGGAACCUCAGUUGUUGAACGCAAUCCGUUCCGGAAGACCGUUUGACUUCCAAAAUGUUCAACAACAGAGGCGCAAUUGCUGGUUGGCAAAAUUGAUUGAAAAACUAGAGAAACACGCCUCGGAAGCCGUUCGACUUCCGAGGUGCGUUAAAAAACGGAAGCAUUCACUUCAGGGUUGCCGGCGCUUGAAAGCCGAAACGUUUGACUUCCGAAGCGUUCGCCAACCAAGGUUCCACUGUACAUGGCAGCUUUCAGAUGUUGUAUAGUUGUAUAGUUACUUAUCUCCUUGGCUUGGGUGGUUGCGUAACUCCCUACCCUUCAACAUUUCUCCAAUGAAAAUAGGGAUGUCCUAAGGACGCGGGUGGCGCUCUGGGUUAAACCACAGAGCCUAGGACUUGCCGAUCAGAAGGUAGGCGGUUCGAAUCCCGGCGAUGGGGUGAGUUCCCGUUGCUCAGUCCCAGCUCCUGCCAACUUAGCAGUUCGAAAGCACAUAAAAGUGCAAGUAGAUAAAUAGGUACCGCUCCAGUGGGAAGGUAAACGGCGAUUCCGUGCGCUGCUCUGGUUCGCCAGAAGCAGCUUAGUCAUCAUCAUCAUCAUCAUCAUAAUAAUAAUAAUAAUAAUAAUAAUAAUUUUCCCAGCCACAUGACCCCGUGCUCCCUCGGCCAAUAAAGCGAGAUGAGCUCCGCAACCUCAGAGUUGGCCACGACUGGACCUAAUGGUCAGGGGUCCCUUUACCUUUACCUUUAAGGGAAAGCAGGACAUUCUGGGAUCAAAUCAGAAACUGGGAUGGCUUCUGUAAAUCCGGGACUGUCCCUGGAAAACAGGGACACUUGGAGGGUCUGCUAUUCUUAUGUAGUUUCCUUUGGAGUUACAGCAUAUACUGUUCAUAUAAAAUGCUCUUCAGCUGGAUAGCUCAGUUGGUUAGAGUGUGGUGCUGAUGAUGCCAAGGUUGCAGGUUUGAUCCCCGUAUGGGACAGCUGCUUAUUUCUGAAUUGCCCAGGGUCGGACUAGAUUAUCCUCAGGGUCCCUUCUGGAUAGUUUUAUGAUCCUGUAAUUAUUCUACAAAACUGAAACAGUUUGUUGCCUCUUCCCUGCCUGCUUGCUUUAUUUGGUUUCCCCUGCAGAACUGUCGGUUUGCAAGCCCCUUUCACAGAGGCUGGCCCCUCUCACUGUCCUCGGAGCUUGCUUACCGGUAACCUCCUCUGGCUGACAUCCAGACAGACCAGGGAGAUAUUGAUAGGCGACAUUUUCCCAAGAGUGGGUAAAAUGCACAACCCCUCUCUCCUGCUUCCGCAGGGGAAAGAAAAUAAGUCAGAAAUCUAUUUACAUGAUGUUUAUUUCUGACAUUACAGCACUACAGAAAAACACGUCCUUUCAGUUCAGUUCUUCUAGCAAGUCUGACAAACUUCCUGAGCAUGCACAAACAGAAGGUUUCAAAUUACACUCUUCACAGAGACUUUUCCAGCCUGUGAACUUCCUGGGAAAUUCUUCUUUCCCACAGAUAGGCGCAUCAUGUGAUGUCAACAAUCUGGCUGUUUGCAGUUGCGAUGUUUCCAUAUACUGACAUCCUCCCCCAUAUGAAUCAUCAUUAGCUGCGGACAAAGCUUGAUCCAGAGAAGAAAACAAACAGUUGUUAUACAGUGGUACCUCGCAAGACGAAUGCCUCGCAAGACAAAAAACUCGCUAGACGAAAGGGUUUUUUGUUUUUUGAACUGCUUCGCAAGACGAUUUUCCCUAUGGGCUUGCUUCGCAAGACGGAAACGUCUUGCAAGUUUGUUUCCUUUUUCUUAACACCGUUAAUACAGUUGCGACUUGACUUUGAGGAGCAACUCAUAGCACGCGGUGUGGUAGCCUUUUUUGAGGUUUUUUAAGACUUUGGUGAUUUUUGAAUCUUUUCCAAAACUUUCCUGACACCGUGCUUCGCAAGACGAAAAAAACUGCAAGAUGACAAAACUCGCGGAACGAAUUAAUUUCAUCUUGCGAGGCACCACUGUACAUGUAACAAUCCCCUGUUGUUUCAGUUCCACCCUUGGAACUACCCGCCACUGGUUUCACCAAUGUAACUCUCUGGUUGUCUGUUUUCCAAGGAAUGAGUGCAUCUGCAUUACCUUGGUUAGGGAACGUAGUGUUACGCUUAGCAACUCCCUGUUGUGUCUUUGUCUCUGACUUAGACAUACCCUUAACCUGGCUUGAGUUGUCAACAAUAGUAAUACAUGCAACAGCUGAACUCAAAGAGCUAUUCACGUACCUACAGGACCGCCUCUCCUAAUAUGUCCCGCAGAGGACCUUAAGGUCCACAAAUGACAACACUUUGGAGGUCCCAGGUCGCAAGGUGGUUAGAUUGGUCUCAGCUAGGGCCAGGGCCUUUUCAGUACUGGCCCUGACUUGGUGGAACGCUCUGUCACAAGAGACUAGGGCCCUGGGGGACUUGACAUCUUUCCACGGGGCCUGCAAGGCAGAACUGUUCCGCCUGGCCUUUGGUUUGGACUCAGUCUGACCCUUAUGUUUCCUGCCCCUUACGGUUUUGAUCUAUGGGCUACUUUUAAAAUGAGGCUGCAUUUUAAAUUGCAUUUUAACCUGUAUUUUAAAUUGGUCCGCCCCCCCCAUUAUGUUUUUACUGAAAUUUUACUGGUGUUAGCCACCCAAAUUUUACUGGUGUUAGCCGCCCAGGGAGGGCGGGGUAUAAAUAAAAUUUUAUAUUAUUAUUAUUAUUAUUAUUAUUAUUAUUGCUGCAGAAUAAGCAGCCCUGUCAAAUAAGAAGCCUCGGCAAAUUGUGCUUUUUCACCUCCAGACCUUAGUGCUCUGAAUUUCUCUUUCACUUCUUGUCGUUUUCAGAUUACAUCCCAGCCAACUGCCAUGAAGAUUGUUUGCCUUCUCUUUGCUGGGCUGUUCUUGGUCUUCCUGCCCAAUUCAGGUAAAAAUGCCCACUGACUAAUGACCAACCUGAUCAUUGUGUGAUGAGGGAAGAAAGUCAACCCUGUUUUUGCACGGAAAGGCAAAAUUAUCUGCUUUGCACUUUCCCAAGCAACAUGCAGAAUGAAACACACCCAUCCUUUGAAAUUAUUUGGAUUUUCAAUGCAGUUCCCUAGCCAAAUUGCAUCUCACAGUCGUGUGUGCGUAUAAAUGCAUACUUUAGUAAAAGUAGCAUGCAAAAAAAUAAUUAUAUUUGUGGAAAUCGCUUUGCGAAGCAUGUGUAUGUUAGAGGAAAUUGCAUACCAAAAAGUGUACACCGGGGAGAAAUUUCCACUUAGAUCUUGGCAAAUUUUAAUGAGGACCUUAAAAAACAACAAAGCACUCUAUACAGUGGUACCUCGGGUUACAAACUUAAUUCGUUCCGGAGGUCCGUUCUUAACCUGAAACCGUUCUUAACCUGAGGUACCACUUUAGCUAAUGGGGCUUCCCGCUGCCGCUGUGCCCAUUCUCAUCCUGGGGCAAAGUUCUUAACCCAAGGUACUACUUCCGGGUUAGCGGAGUUUGUAACCCAAAGUGUUUGUAACCCAAGGUGUUUGUAACCCAAGGCACCACUGUACUUUCUAACUACCAGCAAGUUGAGGGUCUAGCACAGAACCAAUUCCUUUGUUACCUUAAUGGCCCUCACUUUUAGAGCAUCAUUACAUCACCAGGAAGCCAGCCUGGCUGUUCCAGGAAUCAAAUCCAUGCUGGACCCAGGAAUUAAAAGGGACUCAGGCAUAUAGCUUACCCCCCCAACUCAUGUUGUUGUUGUUGUUUAGUUGUGUCCGAUUCUUCGUGACCCCAUGGACCAGAGCAAGCCAGGCACUCCUGUCUUCCAGUGCCUCCCGCAGUUUGGUCAAACUCAUGCUGGUAGCUUUGACAACACUGUCCAACCAUCUCGUCCUCUGCCGUCCCCUUCUCCUUGUGCCCUCCAUCUUUCCCAACAUCAGGGUCUUUUCCAGGGAGUCUUCUCUUCUCCUGAGGUGGCCAAAGUCUUGGAGCCUCAGCUUCACGAUUUGUCCUUCCAGUGAGCACUCAGGGCUGAUUUCCUUAAGAAUAGAUAGGUUUGAUCUUCUUGCAGUCCAUGGGACUCUCAAGAGUCUCCUCCAGCACCAGAAUUCAAAAGCAUCAAUUCUUUGGUGAUGGUCCAGCUCUCACUUCCAUACAUCACUACUGGGAAAACCAUAGCUUUAAUUAUACAGACUCCCCAACUCAUAACAGUAUUUUAUUCUGUUUUUGUUUGUGUGUAUGUGUGUGUGUGUGUGUGUGUGUGUGUGUGUGUUUUAAAUAAUUGCUUCAGCUACACACACAAAUAAUAUCCGCAAAUAAUAUGUGUAUAUCUCUAUUGGAACUGACCUCAGCAAAGCCGCUGCACAACAUAGUGCAAGGAAACUUGCCAUAUCCCUUAAAACUCAGCUUAGUUGGGACACUCCAUCCCAGGCUCCAAGCAUAGGAUAAGGAAGACAAUAGGCCAUUGUUCUCUUAGCUUGGGCAGUUUAACUAUGGGCUCAUGAGAUCCACUGCUGGAAUCAAGACGCAAGACGUCUAAAUUAUAUUAAGGAGUCUUGGCGCUAAGGGUUAAACCACAGAGCCUAGGACUUGCCGAUCAGAAGGUCGGCAGUUCGAAUCCCCGCGAUGGGGUGAGCUCCCGUUGCUCAGUCCCUGCUCCUGCCAACCUAGCAGUUCGAAAGCACGUCAAAGUGCAAGUAGAUAAAUAGGUACCGCUCCGGCGGGAAGGUAAAUGGCGUUUCUGUGCGCUGCUCUGGUUCGCCAGAAGUGGCUGAGUCAUGCUGACCACAUGACCCGGAAGCUGUACGCCGGCUCCCUCGGCCAAUAAAGCGAGAUGAGCGCCACAACCCCAGAGUCGGCCACGACUGGACCUAAUGGUCAGGGGUCCCCCUUUUAUACUGCUCAGGCCAAUGACCUCCACUGUUUGGUAGCAGAUUGCCAGGGCUCUGAGCACAUUCUGAGCUGAGGAAUCUCUGAGCUGAGCUCACAGCUCACAUCGAAAUCAUACGUUUAAAGGACGUUUAAAGCACAGAAGGCUGCACACACACUAUGCACUUAAAGGACAUGGCUUCCCGCAAAGAUUCUUGAGAGACAGGGCUGAUUACAGACCCCAGAAUUCUUUGGCGGAAGCUGUGUGCUUUAAAUCUUUGGUGUGACCACAGUCUUUUUAAUCCAGUGGUCUACACCUCCUUAGCUUUUCUCAUUUCAGCAGGUGGGAAACGUCAUUUUGCCAUUAAACAAUUUGGGAGUCAGAAGCCCUUCCUGAUCUCCCAUUUCCCCACCCCUGGUGUAGAAGACGCACUCCUCCUCCCUCCACAAACCCCUUUCCUUGUGUGCCAUGUCUCAGAAUGCAAACCUACAGGCAGGAACUGGUUUUUGUAAACCAGCCUGGGAGCCUUUUUGUUAUGUACUGAGUUGAAUAGGAUCCAAAAUGCAGCAGUCUGAUUGGUCCUAGAACAAUAGGAUUCAGAAUGCAGCAGCCUGAUUAGUCCACAGGAGCCACCCAAUCCAGCUCCAGGUGGAAGUGAAUCCACAACCUGAUUAGCCUACAGGAGAAUCCCGGAAUUAGCCAAUCACGUGGGGCCCAUUGUGUAAAUAAUGCAUAUAAAGCAGACGUUCUGGGGGAACUUCCAUUCCUCCUCACCACUAUGAGCUGAAUAAAGAGCAUGAAAUCCACUCUUGACUCCACGUAUAUUUCACUUUUUGACUGCAGAGCAGGGUAAAAAUUCUGCGAGAAAGUAAAGCAAUGAAGUAAAGUAAACACAACUAACAUCUUUAAUAGUCAUUAUUAGGCAGAAUCUCUGUGAUAAAAAUGAAUAUACUACCUAGAUUGUUAUUUCUAUUUCAAGCAAUACCAGUGGUAAAAGGGAUAAGACAAUUUAAAGGAUUGGCAAAAAAAAUUAGCGAAAUUUGUCUGGCAGGGGAAAAGGCCAAGGAUAAAAAUGAAGAUACUAGUAGAUAAGAAAGAGAGAGGAGGUUUUGAUUUACCAGAUCUGACUUUAUAUUAUGAAGCUUCGUGCUUGUUAUGGUUAAAAGAUUGGCUGACUUUAGAAAACACUGACCUAUUAGAUCUAGAGGGCCACGACAAUAGAUACGGUUGGCAUUCGUACCUAUGGUACAACAAAGUAAAGGUACAUAAAGGUUUUCUAAACCAUGUGAUUAGGAAAUCUUUAUAUGAAGUAUGGGAUCGGAAUAAAAACCUCCUGGAAAGAAAGACACCGUGGUGGAUAUCACCAAUUGAGGUGCUGACAACAAAAAAAGUAAACAUGGAAGGGGAAAGAGUAACAUAUGAGGAUAUUACUAGGAAAACAGACCAAGGGAUAAAGCUCAAACCAUAUGACCAAAUUGAAAAGAUGUGGCUGCAAUACCACCAGAUCAGUGACUUAUUAAAGGAAGAUAAAAAGAGAAAUGGGUUCGACGAUAAAAAAUCGAAAUUCCAAAUCGAGUUAAUAGACUGUAAAGAUAAAAUUUUAUCAAGAAUGUAUAGUUUAUUGCUAGAAUGGUAUACAAAAGACGAAGAAGUAAAGGAAUCAAUGAUAAAAUGGGCAAUCGAUAUUGGGCAUAACAUUGAAUUGGAUGCGUGGAAAAGAUUAUGGAAGGAGGGUUCGAGAUUUACAGGAUGCAUGGCUUUAAAGGAAAACUUGCUAAAAAUGAUGUAUAGAUGGCAUUUGACGCCAGUAAAAUUAGCUAAAAUGUAUAGGAAAAAGAAAGAAAAUGUUGGAAAUGUAAAAAGGCAGAUGGGGACUAUUUCCAUAUGUGGUGGACCUGCGAUAAGGUAAAAAAAAAUUGGGAAUGAAUUUAUAAUGAACUCAAAAAAAUAUUUAGAUAUACUUUCCCCAAAAGACCGGAAGCGUGUCUAUUAGGCUUAAUAGGAACAAAAAUUAAAAUGGAAGAUCAAAAUUUGUUCAUGUAUGCUACAGCUGCCGCGAGAACCCUUCUGGCUCAAAGAUGGAAAGUACAAGAUAUACCAACUAUUCAGGAGUGGCAGGCAAAGUUGACAGAAUAUGCAGAACUUGCCAAACUGUCAGGGAGGAUCCGGGACCAGGGAGAUCAAAGAUACCAAAAUAACUGGAGUAAAUUUAUUGAAUAUUUAAAGAAGAAUUGUAAAGAGGUCAAGACACUAGCAGGAUUGACAUAAUACCUCCAAUGUAUAAUAGUACUAAUAUGAGAAUGAUGUGCGUGAUGGAAAGAGGAUAAAUAUACCAGUUGUGGGGAGGGAGGGGGGUCGCGACUCGGCAGAGUCAAAGGGAAUGUAUGGUGCUAUUACAAUUUGUUGGAAAAGAAUAUGUAAGGAAAACAAUAAAAAUUCACUUGGGAAAAAAACAUCUUUAAUAGUUUGUGUAGAUUUCGUGCAAGCCUCGGCGGCUGAAAGCCCUUCUCCUACAGAGCUAAACUUAAGAUGCAUGAACCUUUCCCGGUCUUGCCGCCCUAGUGACACUCCUCUUCCCUCCACUUGUAGGCAUAGCGGACUUUGUCACCCUGGGCUGCUUUGUCCGAGGCGGGAAAUGCGAAACGGACAUUUGCAAAGAAAAUGAAGAACAGAUCGGAAACUGCUCCAGAACUGAAAAACUGUGCUGUAAGAAACCAAAAUAA